AUGUCGUACCAGGAGGCGCUUUCGCAAGUCAAAGUAGCGCCCACGGAAGUUCUAGGGGAGGAAGAUAUGUUGAAUCGGACCGUCACAGUGGGUGAAGAGGCUUACUUGGCCAACAUCAACAUCUAUGUUGUGUUUGAAGAGAUGGAGGUCAAUCAUGAGACGUAUCGUUCAGAAGUUGAUGGCUCUACACCGUCGAAAUCGAGCAUCACCUCCGCUGUUGUCAAGGAAGCCGGUUCGACAUCCUCCGAUGCAACUUCCGUCACCACUAAUCCCAAUCCCCACGGAAUCUCCCUCUUCAUCCGGGCUCACAAAGGCAUCACCGCGACGCUUGCAUCAAAGGCGGGUCUCGCAGGCGGCAUCCCCAUCCUCCUCGAGUCCUCGUAUGGGCACAAGUCCAGCGCACUCCUGAAGGGCAGCCCUGCUCCGGCGCAGUGUAUCGUAGCUAGACUAGGCCGGCACGGCGCCACAGCAAGAUUCGCCGAGCAGAGCUUCAUGUGAUAAGACUACAGGAGAGUGUCGUAAUAGAUGAAGGUUAAUUGACUCUCACGUUCAACAUUAAACAACAACUGCGUACCUAACCAGAAGACUGCAACCAAGAUACACAAAAGCGCUGUCGCGCAAACAAAACCAAUGGUGCCAAUCCGAAGGUCCAAACGAUUCACAUAGCAUCCUUCAUUCUCAAGUCGAGUCAUCGUGAACCUAUCCCUCAUCUUGUUUCAUGCCGUAAACUCCACAGCCUGGCCUCUUAUUCUGCAGGCCCUCCAGAGCCCGAGGCUCCCGCACCGCCCUUGUUCUUCUUCUUGUUCUUCUUCUU